AUGGGUGGACGCAGGACGGGCGGUGACAGUCACCUCGGCUCGCAAUCUCCCCUCAAUUCACACCGAACUUUCACUGCACCUUGUCGACGUGCGUCGCGCGUCCCCCGUCUCCGCGCCUUAUCCCCGCGCUUAUCUGCGUGCUUUACUAUGGCGGAUCUCGCCGAACGCCUGACCGCGUUGGCCAAGACGGCGAAUGCGCAGGGUGCCACUGACGGAGCCGCUGCCCUCUUCGACGCUGCGCACGCCAUCGGCGGCAAGGUCCACGCAAGAAUUUCCGCGGCAAACAUGCGCCUGAAGCUCCAACAGCCUGAGCGUGCAUGCGAUGAGUUCGACGCGAUGCUUUCGCAGAGCCCGCCUCUUGACCCGAAGACGCGCGCUUUGGUGCUGCGAAAGAGAGGGGAUGCGCUGGUGAUGAUCGAGUCUGGGUCGGCGUCCGAGGUGGUGUCUGCACCGCUUCGCAUUGACCCUUCCAUUGCUGCUGCGACAGCCGCCGAGCUUAAGAGCCUCGGGUCGAGUUUGAACGCUGACGGCCAAAGUUCCAUCGCAGCCUGCGCGUACAGCGCUGCCUUUGCGCUAACCCCGAAGCGAGAGCUUCGCAUCUCGGCAGCCAACAUGACCCUCAAGACCGGCGGCGCAGCGAACGCUCGGAUUGCGGCCAACGAGUACGACGCCAUCUGCACCGAGGCGGCCAGCUCUGGUCCACCCCUCUCCGACUCGCAUCGCGCGCUGAUUCACCGCAAGCGCGAGGCGGCCAGCACCAUUCUUGCCGCGUCCGACGCGACCACAGCAGCCCCCUCACGAUCGCUCAAGUCUGCAGCCCAGAGCCAAAAGGAAGAGGCAAAAGAGGAGGCAGCAGCGCCCGAGCCGCUGGACCUGGACAACCAGGAGGACCCUACGGCGCGCGCGCUGGUGCAGGCGGAGGCGGUUGAGGGCUCGGAAGCAGCUUCAGACGAGGCGGAUAGCGUCUUCGAGGCAGACGUGGAGGAGGCCGAGCUGGCGGACGAGGUGGAGGCUGUGGCGCCAGCGGAGGCGGCGAGAGCGGCUGAGGAGGCGGCGGCGGAGGUGGAGCGUACGGAGGCGGAGAAGGCAGCGAGGGCGGCGGAGGAGGAGGCAGCUGAGACGGCGCGUAUUGAGGCGGCGGAGGCGGCGGCGGUGAUGGCGGCGGAGGCGGAGGCAGCGGAGAUGGCGCGCAUUGAGGUGGAGGAGGAGGCAGCGAGGGCGGCGGAGGAGGAGGCAGCGAGGGACCAAGCAGCGAGGGCGGCGGAGGAGGAGGCAGCGCGGGCGGUGGCGGAGGAGGCGGCGGCAGCGGCGGCGGCAGAGGCGGAACGUGUCGAGGCGGAGGAUGAGGCGGUGAGGGAGGCGGAGGCGGCGGUCGUAGAGGCGGCGGAGGCAGCGCGCCCUGCGGCCGAGGCGGAGGCAGCGAGAGUGGUGGAUGAGGCGGCGGCGGCGAGGACAGUUGGAGAGCCAGAGUGGGGAGAUUGGCUUACUCAGGCACAACAGGACCUGCACGCAAUCUACCCGGACCGCGAGCAUGCGAAGGCGGCGGCAGAGACGACACCGCAGACGGUGCCGCGUCAAUCCCGCUCUAGCAGCGCGUCAAGCGCGGUGGCGUCCACCGCGCCGGUCAAUGUCGUGUCCAGUCUCAAGAUCAUCGUGGUCGGCGACUCCGGCGUCGGCAAGUCGGCGCUCGUGCGCAGGUUUGCCAAGGAUGUGUUCGACGACGCCCACGGACCCACGAUCGGCCUCGACGUCGAGUCCGCCACGGUCGAUCUCGGGCAGGCGGGGGGUGAGAUCAAGCUCGACCUCUGGGACAGCGCGGGGCAGGAGCGCUUCGCACCGCUGCUCAAGAGCUACUAUCGUGGAGCAGGGGGUGUCAUCUACGUCUUUGACUUGACGUCGGCAGUGUCACUCCAGCGGAUUGAGGACUACUGGACGGGGCAGGUUGCCUCCAAUCGUGCCGACGAAGCGACUGCGCUGCUUGUGGGGUCCAAGGCCGACGCCUCGCCGGCCCCGGGCUUGAGCGACAAGGCGCGAGGCCUCGCCGACCGGCUCGGCCUGCCGUACAUCGAGGUGUCGUCAAAGACGGGCGAGCACGUGUCUGACGCCUUCCAUCUCCUCGCCAUGGCGAUGCUGAACAAGCGGCUCGAGGAGGAUCCCCGCAACCCUCGAGCCAUGACGGUCAGCAACAAGAGUGGCCAGAACGCUAGUCCGGACACGCGCGGCACGGUCAGCCUUGCCGCCCCGCUUGAUAGCAGCGCAAAGCCGGGCAAAAAGGGGAGCUGCGCCUGCGGCUAG